GGUCGUAUGAAAACUACCCGAUUUUGAAUAGAGAUGGCGCUGCUAGAACUAAAAAAAAUAUUUUGCUAAAAAAUACAACUCUUCAAAUAACACGUGUCAAAAUUUCUCAGCGAUAUGACAUUUACAACAAAUUUUAUACGUGUUAGAAUUGAGUUACUUUUGUGCUUUUUGUCAACAUGGAAAGAAUUGAAUAUCGAGCAGUGAUAAAAUAUUUGUUUUUGAAAAAGAAAACAAACGACGAAAUUAAAUCGGAAUUUAACGAAGUUUAUGGAGACUCUGGACCGUCAUUAACAACUAUAAAAUAUUGGGUAGCUGAAUUUAAACGCGGCCGUACGAGCAUUUUUGAUGAGGAACGUUCAGGUCGUCCAAAUGAGGUCACUACACCAGAAAUGAUAGAAAAAAUCCGUGAUAUGGUAAUGAGUGAUCGAAGAUUGAAAGUGCGUGAGAUUGGUGAGAGUGUGGGCAUUUCAAUUGAACGGGUUAAUAACAUUUUGCAAAAUCAUUUGGAUAUGAGAAAGCUUUCCGCAAGAUGGGUGCCGCGAUUACUCACAACACACCAUAAACAAACACGUGUUUCCAUUUCAAAUGAUUGUUUAUCAAUGUUAAACGCAAAUCCCCAGGAGUUUUGGCGUCGAUUUGUAACUGUCGAUGAAACGUGGAUUCAUCACUCCACACCAGAGACCAAAGAACAGUCAAAACAGUGGACUCGUCGUGGUGAACCAGCUCCAAAGAAGGCAAAGGCGAUAUUAUCAGCAAACAAGGUUAUGGCCACAGUAUUUUGGGAUGCGCGUGGGGUUAUACAUAUUGAUUACCUACAAAAAGGAAAAGCAAUUAAUGGCGAAUACUACUGCAAAAUAUUGGGUGAUUUUGACAAGGCUUUGAAGGAAAAACGUCCACAUUUGUUGAAAAAAAAGUUCUUUUUCAUCAAGACAAUGCUCGUGUACACACAUGUGUCGUAG